AUGGCCUACGGAGCUGCGGCGGACGGCGGGCGGCGGAAGUCAACGAGCAGCCGCCGGCCGAGGAGAGGGCAAGUUAAGGUGAAGAUCCUGGGGAUGCUCUUCAAAUCUGUCGUCGCGGUGGCGUCAGUCCACGCGAGGAGGGGUGGAGCGAAGUUUUCAGGUCUUCUCCGCCCUCAGAAGAUGAAGAACCCCGCCUGA